CCUCAAAUUGGUUUCUCUUCUCUUCUAUUCUAUUCUCACAACCAUUACCACCACCACCUCAGCCUCAGCCCCAUACCAUGUCUUCUCUCUUCUCCCAAUUACUACUUCUCCCUUUCUCUCAAAACACUUCUACUCUCUCACUUUUCUAUCAACCAAAACUUCUUCCUCCAGGUGUUACAGUAUUGGAAGCUAAAGACAAACGAGUUAACUUUGAUCGUGAUGUUCGCUCAAAAUGCAGCGCCAUAUCCAAACCCCGCACUCACGAAUACGCAGACGUGUUUCAAAGUAGUGGUCUGCCAGUUAUAAAGUGGCACGAGAUUGUGGAGGAUGACAUAGAUGGAGAAGAAGAUACUAAGUGGACAAGAUCGAAUGAGAUCGAGGAACGUGUCGCUUCAAUCAAAUCAUUGUUGGAGAGUAUGGAUGAGGGAGAGAUAAGCAUUUCAGCGUACGACACAGCAUGGGUAGCCCUUGUGGAAGAUGUUCAUGGAAGUGGCUUACCUCAAUUCCCAUCGAGCCUCCAAUGGAUAGCCAAUCAUCAGCUUUCCGACGGUUCUUGGGGCGACGCCGAGAUUUUCUCCGCACACGAUCGCCUCAUCAACACCUUGGCUUGUGUUGUCGCUUUGAAAUCUUGGAACCUUUGUCCCGAAAAAUGUGACAAAGGAAUGGCCUUUUUCAAUGCGAAUAUAAGUAAGCUGGAGAAGGAGAAUCCGGAACACAUGCCUAUUGGUUUCGAAGUGGCUUUCCCUUCUUUACUUGAAAUAGCUCGAAAACUGAACCUUGAAGUGCCUGAGGAUUCUCCUGUGUUACAAGAGAUAUAUGAAAGGAGACAUGUAAAGCUCACAAGGAUUCCGAGGGACACAAUGCACACAGUGCCCACGACUCUACUCCAUAGCUUGGAAGGAAUGGUAGGUCUCGACUGGGAAAAGCUUCUGAAAUUGCAGUCCCGAGAUGGGUCAUUCUUGUUCUCUCCAUCCUCUACUGCUUUCGCACUCAUGGAGACCAAAGACCAAAAUUGCUUGCAAUAUUUAACUAAAGCGGUCCAAAGGUUCAAUGGGGGUGUCCCAAAUGUUUACCCGGUUGACUUGUUCGAGCACCUUUGGGUUGCGGAUCGGUUGCAGCGCUUGGGAAUAUCUAGAUUCUUUGAGCCAGAGAUUAAGGAAUGUAUCGAUUAUGUAUUCAGAAAUUGGACUGAAAAAGGAAUUUGCUGGGCAAGAAAUUCCAUGGUUCAAGAUAUUGACGAUACUGCCAUGGGAUUCAGGCUACUAAGAUUGCAUGGUCACAACGUUUCUGCUGAUGUGUUUCAACACUUUAAGAAAGGUGACGAGUUUUUCUGCUUUCGGGGGCAGUCAACGCAAGCAGUGACUGGAAUGUAUAACCUUUAUAGAGCUUCUCAGUUGGUUUUCCCGGGCGAGAAAAUUCUUGAGGAAGCCAUGGACUUCUCAUCGAAAUUUCUUAGAGAAAAACAGGCCUCGAAUGAGUUGCUCGAUAAAUGGAUCAUAACUAAGGACUUACCUGGUGAGGUGGGUUUCGCGCUGGAGGUUCCAUGGAAUGCAAGCUUACCUCGAGUAGAGACCAGAUUCUAUAUCGAACAGUAUGGUGGGCGAAAUGAUGUUUGGAUUGGCAAGACUCUGUACAGAAUGAAAAACGUUAACAACGACGACUAUCUAGAGUUGGCGAAAAUUGACUACGACAUUUGCCAAGCUUUGCAUUCGAUUGAGUGGCACAAUAUGCUAAAAUGGUACCGAGAUUGUAAGCUGGAAAAUUAUGGGGUGAGCAGAAGGAACCUCCUCAUGGCCUAUUUUCUUGCUACGGCGAGCAUUUUCGAACCGGAUAGGGCCGAUGAGCGGCUUGCAUGGGCCAAAACAGCAGCACUGAUGCAAGCCAUUCAAUCCUAUUUCGAUGACCAACAAGCUUCUUCUGAGCUUCGGAUGGCUUUUGUCUAUGCUUUUAAAAGGAGUAGUAACAUGCCCUCUUAUUUGAUUACAAGGGUGUCGAACAUAACGAAUGCAGAUCAUGGAAUUCUUAGAACCUUGCUGACGACCCUCAGCCACCUCUCUCUGGACACAAUGAUGGUGCAUGGUCGGGACAUCACCCACCAUUUACGUCAAGCUUGGGAAAAGUGGCUGCUGAAGUGGCAAGAGGGUGGUGGUGGCCAUUACGAAGAAGAAGCAGAAUUAUUGAUCCAAACAAUAAACCUAAGCUCAGCCCGUACGCCUAUGAAGGGCCUGAUGCCGUCAAAUCCUCACUAUGAACGACUCUUCAGCGCCACAAACAAAGUUUGCUGCAAAAUUCGUCACUAUCAAAGACAAAGACAUAGGACCAAGGUAAACCAAAAUGGAGUGUGUAAGAAAAGCAUCUUAACCCCUGAAAUAGAGUCAGAUAUGCAAGACCUUGUACAAUUGGUGCUGCAGAAAUCCUCAGAUGACAUCAACACUAAAAUUAAGCAGACAUUUCUAAUGGUGGCCAAGACUUUUUAUUAUGCUGCUUACUGUGAUUCUAAGACCAUCAAUUUCCACAUUGGCAAAGUACUAUUUGAGACUGUGAACUGAUGGUCUCUCCAUUCACCACAUAUGCUUUUCUAAAGAAAGAAAAAAAAAACCAUUUGUACAUUUUCCAAUUUAGUUCAAAGUAAAUGGCAUUGUGAAUAAA